GGUGUUGCAGGUGCUUAUUAUAGUCCAUUGGAAACGAGACUAGAAAGGGUCAUGCAGCUGUCAUCCCACACCCGAGACCUCUCUUCCAGCGCACAGCCACGUCUCCUCGCACCUCUCUCCCUUCCCCUCUUCCUGCUGCCAUCUCUCCCUCUUCUCUUAACAUAUCCUUCUAUCUUCUGAGGUGAGAGACCAGGAGGUUAUGGAAAGGGGAGAGGUAUUCUCGGAAACCAAAGGGGAGGGAGCAAGCGCAGGAAGGCAGGUUAGUUUCUGUGCGAACCAAACCGGCCCGGCCUAAACCAGUAGCUAGAUAGCUAUACAUCCAUCGGGAAAGAGUCCAGGUUUAGCUCUGCUCUCUGUCUUGGUAUAAAGAUCGGGGACUAGUCCAGAGUCCAGGCCGGAGGGGCGACGUGACACAGACGGCAGGUGCGCGCGCGCGACGUCGACGGACGAGUGGCUGCGUGCAAGCUGGAGAUGGCGGCGCCUUCGUCGUCGUCCUCCGCCGGUAGGUCCCCGGCCCACGCUCCGGCUGUGGGCGGCGGGGGAGCGCACCACCACCGAUCGCGGUUCGGCGACACGACGCUGACCAAGGUGUUCGUGGGCGGGCUGGCGUGGGAGACGCCGUCCGAGGGGCUGCACGACCACUUCAGGGGCUACGGCGAGAUACUCGAGGCCGUCGUCAUCACCGAUCGCGAGACCGGCCGCUCCAAGGGCUACGGCUUCGUGAUUUUCCGGGACCCGGAGGCGGCGCAGCGGGCGGUGCAGAACCCGAACCCAGUGAUCGCCGGCCGGCGCGCCAACUGCAACAUUGCGUCGAUGGGCCCGCCGCGGCCCGCGCCGCCGAGAGGGAGAGGAGGAGCUGGCCGCGGGCCCCACCUACCGGAUCAGCCGCCGAUGGGCCCGCCUUACAGGGUGCCGUCGCAGAUGACCCCGCCUCACGCUGCCCCGGUGUACUACCAUCCGCAGUACGGGUACUGGUACCCACAUGAUUAUCCAUACCAACAGCAGGCAUUGUACAAUUCUCAAGUGCUGCAGCAUUACUACCCUCAGCUGUACGGCCCAACCUCCCCUUCAGGACCAACCUACCCAUAUAUGGGGUACAUUCCCGGUGGCCCAGGUCCGAGGUCUGGCUUCUCGCCGAUGCAGCAACCGACACGGCCACCGUUCUUUCAGCAGCAACCGGCACAGGUUGAGGGUUCUUUCCCGCCAGCGCCUUCGCUUCCGCCUAAUUUCAGACUCCAGCUACCCCCUCAUGCAGUCUCAAGGCAAUCUGAUGAUGCAUCAGCAGGCGCUCAAUCAACUCAGCCAACCUCUUCAACUGCAGCUACAAGCACAAACAACCAAGAAGCAUCAAGGCCUGUAAGGUCAAAUUCAGAUCCAAAUUCAUCGAACUGACUUGCUGCAAAUCCUGGCAAAAUGAUCUGAUGUCAGUCUGCUGCAGACUAUUGGUGGUCUGUAACAGAGUCCAUGAUACUCACUUCACUGAAAAAGCACAACAAGAUUUGUUCUUUCAUUAUUUCUGAUUCUUUUCAAAUUCUUGCAAUGCAUCUAUUUGCUGAAUCCAUUGUACCACCAACUGAAUUUCAAUUUCAAGAUUAAGAAAUUCGCUAGAAUAAGUUCCGGAGGCAUGUUACUGUCGGAUGUCCUGUUGCGCUGUUAGUUGUUCUGAAAUAUGCAGUACUGUUCUUUUGUGAGGAACUACCCAGUACUGUUCUUGCACCAUGAACAAUUUGUUUUUCAUAGAAGAAUUAAUUUUUUCGCA